AUGAUUGAAAACAUUUUGAAUGUGUUAAGGAAUCAUUUAAUUAAAAAUGAAAAAAUAAAACUUCUAGAUGAAAACAAUGAAGUUGUCGAUGAUAUUACUAAGGCUAAAUAUGCCGUUUUAGUUAAGAAUGAUAAUGAUAAUAAUAAUGCUGAUGAUAGUAUAGAUUAUGGUAAAUUGGAAAAAUUUGAUUUAUCUAAAGAAACUAACUUUUCAAUAGAUGGAAACAAUAUGGAGUUACGAGUUGUGAUUCAUUGUUUUUUACAUAAAGAUUCCAGCAGUACCGACUAUUUGGCAGAUUGUCAAAAUAAGAAUUUAAUUAAUGUUUCCUUCCUUCAAAGAAAUGACUUGAAUGGAUGGUUAAGUGGUCAACUUGAAACAUCACAGUACUUAUCAUCCACUACUAAUGGUGAUAUUAAUGCUAAUGCCGAUGAGACGAAAGCUGAUAAGAUUAAUACUGAUAGAACCAAAGAUGAUGAUGAUAAUAAUAAUAAUAAUUUACAUAAAGUUAUUGUAGAGUCUGGGAAUAACCCAUCCUCUGGUGUCAAAACAGAACAAUCUUUGGAAGAUAAUUUGGAAAAAGAGGAUAUAACCGAUGAUAUUAAAUCAGAUUUGUUAUUAAAUGAAGUAUUAAAACAUGAAAGACGAUUAUUAGAUCACAAUUCAGGGUUAAGAGGUACAAAAUCUAUUGAUUUUGGUUAUUUGAUUAAAGAUGUGGAGUUGAAAUUGGUUCAAAACAUUAAAUCUUCAUUACGUAAUAAAGCAGGUCGCCAUGGUCAUAUUUCAAAGAAUGUGUCUUCGAAUUCGCGUAAAAAAUAUAUUCAACAUAAAGAUCCAAUUAUUUUGAUACCAUCAGCUGCAUCAUCAAUUAUUACUAUAUCUAAUAUUAAACCAUUUUUACAAGAAUGUAAAUAUAUUAAUCCACGUGAGUUGUCUUCAUCCUUAAGAGACGAUUUAGUUACCAUUGAAAAGAAAUUUGACAAGAUAAAUAAAACGAUCAGGUUUCUUGUAGUUAAUAACACUAGAAUGUUUACUAAACCAGAAUAUUGGGAUAGGGUAGUAGCAGUUUUUACCACAGGUCAUAUAUGGCAGUUUAAUAAUUAUCAAUGGAAUACACCGCAAGAAUUAUUUCAGCAUUGUAAAGGUUAUUAUUUUUAUUUCAAUGGUGAUGUCAUACCACAACAUGUUCAACAGUGGAACGUUGAAAGGGUUGAGCUGGAUAGAAAUAGAAGAUUUAAGGAUGUAGAAAUUGUUCGUUAUUUUUGGAACAAUUUAGAACAAGAGUUAUUAAGUAGAGGAUAUCAUUGA